GAAAAUGAUUUCCCAUUAAUAAGAUUGUCCAUUACUUUUGAGUCAGAGGAUAAUAUUUGCACUUGCUUAAAGUUAUUUAUUAAUCAGGAUAUCAGUGAUAUCUACAUCGGUGUGAAUUACAUAACAUUGAUUUAGUUACAGGUCUUCCAACCACAUUUUUCAACUUCUUAAAACUAACCAGCUCCUUUUUAGAACCGAGUUGGAGGAGGGGAAGGUCUUCCUGCCUUUCACAAGAAUUAAAUCAUCAGGUUACCUCUUCUUUGGGCUGUUUUUAUGUUGGCAUACAAAACUGUUGGAUUUUGAAGUCUAGCAGAGAAUUGCAUUUCAUUAUCCCUAUGAAAUGAUAUCUAAAUUUUGAAGUGGUUGUUAAAAAUCGUAAAAAUCAGCGUGCGUGUCCUUAAUAACAACUUUUGAAAAAAUGUUUCCCUUUUGCAAAAAGGACUUACCCUCCAAAGGCUCUGUAUUUCACACCUGUGUCUGAAGAUCUGCCAGCUUUGUCCUGGUCAGGCUCUAAAUUUUCAGAUGAUGGCUGAGGUGCUCCAGGUCAAGAGAAGAAACCGUUGGCUGGAGUGUAGGAGGUACAACAGCAGAGAGGAAAUGAAGUCAUGUGUGAGGUUAUGACAUCUAGUGAAAGCUGGAGGACCGGUAUUUAGACUAUUUAUGGAAGAGAAGGAAGAAGCUGUAAUUGUGGGAGGCUGGGGAAAGAGCAGUAUAGACAUGGAUCUGCUGAAGAACUGUCUUUUGGGUGAGAAAACUGGCCAAGGAGACGUUAUGGGGAUUGAGAUCAGGCUUGAGCCCAGAGGUGGCAAAGAGGGACUGGACCUGCUUGGGUGAACAAGGACAGAAAAGACAGGAAAUCCUGAAAGAAUGGGGGGAUAAGGAGAGAAUGAAGAAUUUGAAAUGAAAAUAUGGAAGUUGUAUUUCAUGGAGUCAUCAGAAACAGGGCUGUGUAUUUGAGUGGGUUAAACUGAUUGGGAUAAAACAGUCAGAGGAGUGGGAAUUCAGAAAGAAUAAGACAUUAAUAGGAAACUGUGACAAGAAACACUAGUUAGAAGGCAGAGGAGCUGGAAGAGCUCCUACAAGCAUAGACUAGAACUCUGAUAAUUUUUCCAACUGGCAAGUGUCAGUGAAAUCAAAUUAUAAAACUUACUCUUUUUUCUCCUGCAAAUGUUUUACAGCAGAGGAGGUGGCCAGAUGUUUCUGUUCUGAAGCAGUUAGGAAUAUUAGUGGUAAAAUCCAUAUGAGGGAGUUUUGCUGAGUUUUUUGUUUCUUUGACUUGGAGAGCUACACAGGUGUAAAAACUUAGCAGCAGCAGCUUUGGAAAAUGCCAGAAUGAAUGCUGAUUAAAAAACCUCACUGAGCCCCAUCCUCCAAAAAUCCAGUCUAACUUUUCCUUGCAGGGAUUGUUUUUGGAAAAUGCCCAGCCGGAGGUAUGCUGAUGGCGAGGUGGUGAUGGGCCGUUGGCCAGGAAGUGUCCUGUACUAUGAAGUACAAGUGACCAGUUAUGAUGAUGUUGCUCAUCUUUAUACUGUCAAGUACAAAGAUGGAACUGAACUUGCACUGAAAGAAAGUGAUAUAAGGUCUCAGUCGUCAUUCAAGCACAGGAAGAGCCAGUCUUCUUCAAGCUCUCCCUCCAGAAGAAGCACCAGCAGAUCACGAUCCAGGUCUCCUGGUCGGCCGGGGAGAGGGAGACGUCGUUCUACUUCCCAAAGCAGAGAACAUAAAGAUGACAAAAAGAAAACCAUUCAGGAAACCAGCUUAGCUCUACCAGCGAAGCCGAGUGAGAAUAACACCAAAAGGUACAACGGUGAACCUGAAAAUACGGAAAAAAAUGACACAUCCUGCAUAAUCUUGGAGCAAAAGUUAAAACCAGACCUGGAAGUAAAGCAUUUUGAACAGUACAGCCUGCGCUCAAGGAAAGAUGAAAAGAAGAAAGAAGAGAUAUAUUCAGAGAAAAAGAUUUUUACGGCAUUAAAACCAAUUGAGAAAGCACCGUCAAAAACAAAGGAGCUGGAGUUUGGGGGAAGAAUUGGGACCUUCAUGAUGAUGUUUCUCCUGCCUGCUACUGUAUUGUACUUGCUGUUGAUGUGUAAACAAGAUGACCCCAGUCUUAUGAACUUCCCUCCUCUCCCAGCACUUGAAAGUCUUUGGGAGACGAGGGUGUUUGGUAUUUUUCUCCUGUGGUUUUUCCUUCAAGCUCUGUUCUACUUGCUGCCAAUUGGAAAGGUUGUAGAAGGCCUGCCUCUUUCAAAUGGAAAGAAACUACAGUACCGGAUAAAUGGGUUUUAUGCUUUUAUUUUCACUGCUGCAGCUAUUGGAAUUUUAUUAUACUUUCAGUUUGAACUUCAUUAUUUGUAUGAUCACUUCAUGCAGUUUGCAGUGUCAGCUGCAGCUUUUUCUUUGGCACUGAGCAUUUAUCUGUAUGUUCGGUCCCUGAAAGCACCCGAGGAAGAACUAGCACCAAGUGGAAAUUCUGGGUAUUUCAUUUAUGAUUUUUUCACUGGACAUGAAUUAAACCCUCGUAUUGGCAAUUUUGACCUCAAAUACUUCUGUGAGUUGCGUCCAGGAUUAAUUGGCUGGGUUGUUAUAAACUUGGCAAUGCUCUUGGCUGAGAUGAAGAUACACAAUCUGAGUAUGCCAUCCCUGUCAAUGAUACUUGUGAACAGCUUUCAGCUUCUGUAUGUGGUGGAUGCUCUUUGGAACGAGGAAGCCGUUUUGACUACAAUGGAUAUCACCCAUGAUGGAUUUGGAUUCAUGCUGGCAUUUGGAGAUUUGGUGUGGGUUCCAUUUGUCUACAGUCUGCAGGCCUUCUAUUUAGUGGGUCAUCCUACUGUGAUUUCUUGGCCUGUUGCUGCCGCAAUUACUGUUGUGAACUGUAUUGGGUAUUACAUAUUCCGUAGUGCAAAUUCUCAGAAAAAUAAUUUCCGAAGGAAUCCCGCAGAUCCCAAAUUGGCCAAUCUGAAAUUUAUACCCACUGCAACUGGAAAAGGGCUUCUUGUCACGGGUUGGUGGGGUUUCGUUCGUCACCCGAAUUAUCUCGGUGAUAUCAUCAUGGCUCUAGCAUGGUCCCUACCUUGUGGUUUUAACCACAUUUUGCCGUAUUUCUACGUGAUAUAUUUCAUCUGCUUGCUUGUUCAUCGAGAAGCUCGUGAUGAACAUCAUUGUAAGCAAAAAUAUGGCUUGGCAUGGGAAAGGUAUUGCCAGCGUGUACCAUACCGCAUAUUUCCUUACAUCUACUAGAGCACUCCAGAUUCCUGAUUGGAAAGUUACUUCUAAAGUUAGUUUCCUUGCAGAUAAAAUAUACCUCUUACCUUUGCACUUGGUCAUUUGUCAUUUAGGCUUUUAAAAAAAAAAAAAAAAAAAAAAAAAAGGCCAAACUUUGGAGUGCGUCAAAGGUAUUUACAAGUAAGCUUAAAUACAUGAGUUAUGUGAACUGACUGGCUGUGACUUCAAUUCUUAAAAUAUUGUGAAUUUUAAAAACUCUUGGAGCCCUAAUUUUUCAAGCUAAAUUUUAUCUAGAAUUCCGAGUUUACAUUUUUUUUUUUAUUGCGUUUAAUUAAGCACUGUGAUGUAAAGUAUAUUAUUUUCUUAAUACAAUAAAUGCUGAAAUUCCAUCCAGUUUAUUUUUUGGUGUUACUUGUACCAUCUGACUUCAGAUGUCCAAUUUAGUUGCCUGAAUUGGAGGAGCAGCAGGGUCUUUUUUGGUCAGCGAGCUGGCAGCAGAGGAUUUGACCCACAUGAGGGGCCUGCAGCCCCGGGCCUAGAGCUGGCAUAGCUCAACUAGGUGGUUGUUCCCCUCCUGGCUUUUCAUUAAUGGGAUUUUUUUUGGUCAGGGAGGCUCAGGUGACUCCUCCUGCCCUGCACCUGCAGGAGGGACUGAGGGAUGUAGAACUGGGAGAAGGGAAGGGGCACAGCUGUCCCCUCCUCCAGUCCCAUUCUUGAGGCAGUUUCAGCACAGGCUGAGGGGAGCUCUGAAGCUGCUGCCUGGCAGUGCCCCUGGCCCUGGAUGGAAACCAUGCUUCUGGCUCAGACUCCUGAAAGUAGAUGAUACAAACACUUGCUUUGGCUGUGGGCAGAGCUGUGGAAGUGAGCAGUGAACCCUCGUCCUGCCUCUAGCAUUGAACAGGGGGUAGCAAAAGUGUGCAGUGAAUGCACAUUAGGCAGAAAAGGAUCAAAUGACCACAGUCAGCUUAUUCUGAUCUUUGUAAAUUAUGUCUUAAUGUACCAUAGCGUUUACCAAGUAUGUAUAAUAAAGCCUCCACGUUUUUUCUGUACAGUGUUUGGGUUUGAAAAUGCAACAGCUUUUUUAGAAACAGAAGAAAUCAGUAACUAAGCCAAUUUCCAGUAAUUUUUAAAAAAAAUGUUCAUUGAAAAAAGGUUUUUGUAAAUUAAUGUUGUAGUUCUUGAAACAAUUGAGGUGUUCAUUUAAAUAUUUGUAUUGACAGAUAUGCUAUGAAAAUAUAGGAAUUGCUCCUCAAUCCAAAGUUGUUGGUUUUUUUUAAUUUGGCAUUGCUACCUCAUAUGUAGGUGUUGCCUUUUGUACUGUUGCAGAUAGAGAAAUAGCUAUUUUUUUGCUAUUGCUAUUUAAAACAACAUUUUUUACAUGAGCCUGUGGUUAAACUCAACCACUUUCUAAUAUAUUUUUGUAUAUAUUUGACUUUUUGACUAAUGUAUGUGUUCUGGUCACUAGUUGUGUUCUUUGUCUAACUGGCUGUAAAUGAGAUGCCCUUCUGGUAUUUACUUCAAAAGUAGAAUAAUUUUACUGAAAUACUCUUGCAUUAAUUAAGUAGCUUCUAUUCUAUUGUCACAAGUAAGAGCUUUUCGCAUACUUCGCACGUGAGGUUUAUAGCACAAAUUGCCCUAAAAAGCAUAUUAGAAUAUUAAAUAUAGUGCAGGUACCUCUGCACUUGCUUGCAGGAUUGUUCCGAAUGAAUUGGAAUGUUAUUUAUCAAUUUUUUUUAAAAAUUCUUCUAAAAUAUUGAUGUAAUUGAAAUCUAGCAUGUGAUUUCUUUUGAAAAUAAAAUAACCCUCUAUUUUGUACAUGGGCAUUUUUUAAAGAUAAUUGUACAAUUGAACUGUAUAUAAUGUAGCUUGAUUGUUGGUGUUGUAAGGAAAAUGUUUUAAGACAAGUACUUUGCUUGCUGGCAGCAAAUAGCAGUGCCUGUAACAAGACUCAAAAGAAUUUAGUUCUGUGAAGUAGCAGAUUAAACUGGGAUGCUUUUUUCAAUCAGUUCUGAGUGAAUUUAUGGGAAAUAGAGAAAUCAUUAAAUGGCACUGGUUUGCAGGUAGUGUUUUAAAAUGUACUGAAGCGAGUGGGGACAGUUCAACUUCUCAGUCUGUAAACUCAGAGAUGCUCCUGCUGUCCCAGUUUUAUCUGUUGCCAUGCAAGUUGUUUAAAAUGCCAUUUGGAGCCCUUGUCUUUCAGAAAUGGAUCAUGACCAAUGACAACUUCAGUUUAUUUACAUGUUGAAUUUUAUGUGAAUUUGAUUUUGAAGUAACUGGUUUUAAUACAAACAAGCCUUUGAACUAAAAUAAAGGUUUUGCUUAAAA